GUGAACCUAGUGUCGUGACAACAUAGGAGCGUGAUCGAUGCAAAUUAAACGCCCCAACCUUUGUCAACGUCAAGAUAUAUCACAAACAUUCGUGCCUUGCCACACCCACGCUUUUAUAUUUGAUGAACGAGAACGCCAUGCAGCACAGGAUGAUGAUGUCCGAGGAUCCGCGGUGCGCUGACAAUACAACUUCAGUUCAACGGUCAAGUUUGGCGAUGGAAGCUUCGCAGAAGAUGAUCGCGCAAGAGGCGGAAAAGUUUAGGACAAUUCAGAAAGAAUACCAGAAAGCCUACAACAUGCGACAGAAGCUUGAAGGACAACUUCAUGAAAACACAGUCGUGAAAGAAGAGCUUGACCUUCUAGAGCCUGAGGCCACAGUGUUCAAGCUAGUUGGCCCUGUGCUUGUGAAACAGCCCCUAGAUGAAGCUAAACAGAAUGUGAGCAAGCGAAUAGAGUACAUCGCUGCUGAAGUGAAGCGGCAUGACAAUAUGUUGCAUGAUCUGGAAAAGAAGCAAGAAGCACAGAAAGAGGCCUUCCAAAAAGUGGAGCAACAGUUCCGACAACAGAAGGCAGCCUUGAAGGCGUAAUGCUUGAAAUACAUUGUCACAUAUUUUAUUUGUUGCAGCGUUCAAUAAAUUGACAAGUUUUUUUCUAAUGA